AUGUCUCCAUUUCAUACUAUCGAGCUAUCCCUUCAACCUUUACAGUGUCACAUCUCUCUUGGUGUAGAUAUCGAGCUAUCCCUUCAACCUUUACAGUGUCAAAUCUCUCUCGGUGUAGCUAUCGAGCUAUCCCUUCAACCUUUACAGUGUCACAUCUCUCUCGGUGUAGCUAUUGAGCUAUCCCUUCAACCUUUACAGUGUCAAAUCUCUCUCGGUGUAGCUAUCGAGCUAUCCCUUCAACCUUUGCAGUGUCACAUCUCUCUCGGUGUAGCUAUCGAUCUAUCCCUUCAACCUUUACAGUGUCACAUCUCUCUCGGUGUAGCUAUCGAGCUAUCCCUUCAACCUUUGCAGUGUCACAUCUCUCUCGGUAUAGCUAUCGAGCUAUCCCUUCAACCUUUACAGUGUCACAUCUCUCUCGGUGUAGCUAUCGAGCUAUCCCUUCAACCUUUACAGUGUCACAUCUUUCUCGGUGUAGCUAUCGAGCUAUCCCUUCAACCUUUACAGUAUCACAUCUCUCUCGGUGUAGCUAUCGAGCUAUCCCUUCAACCUUUACAGUGUCACAUCUCUCUUGGUAUAGCUAUCGAGCUAUCCCUUCAACCUUUACAGUGUCACAGUGGUAGUGUAACUCUGGUAGUAGUAUAUCUUUAA